GGUUUUUGAUGCUCGUCGGUGUGGAACUUUCUCCCGUCGCCGCCGUUAACGAUAAAAAUGGAAUAAUCGUUUCCCCUAAAUCACGAUUAGAAAUGUAUAUAUAUUUGUCCCAAUUUUAAGAGUUUUAUAUCAGAGGAAGAACAGAUUUCUGUCUCCAUACAUACGUUAAGCAUCACUCUCUCUCUCUCUCUCGGUGUGAUACGGUUUUGGCAUAGCAAGAAUGUCGAGCAGUGAAGAGGAGGACAUGAAUGAGGAUUCGUUUCUGAAGGUGAAGCAGAGGAUCAAGGAUCGGUCUAAGGUAUUUGUUCAAACCAAGGAGAUGUUGUCGAAACAAGCGGUUCAGACGAAGGAGAUCCUGUCCAAACAGGCCAUUAAGAUCGCCAAACAAGCCGAGGAGCACGAGAGGUUCAUUAACAAGGUUACUCAUCUUAUCGGGGUUCUCGGGUUUGGCGGGUUUUGCUUUCUCUUGGGAGCGAGACCCCAGGAUAUUCGCUAUGUAUAUUGUUUGUUCUAUGUCAUCUUUGUUCCUCUCCGGUGGAUAUAUUAUCGGUUCAAGAAAUGGCAUUACUAUCUUUUGGAUUUUUGCUACUAUGCCAAUACAAUCUUCUUGGUCCACCUUCUGUUUUAUCCGAAGAAUGAGAAGCUUUUUAUGGUUUGUUUCUCAUUUGCUGAGGGACCAUUAGCAUGGGCAUUGAUUGUUUGGCGCUGUAGCUUGGUUUUCAGUUCUUUGGACAAGACUGUUAGUGUCCUCAUACAUCUUUUACCUGGUCUAGUUUUCUUCACCAUUCGAUGGUGGGAUCCAGCAACCUUUGCAGCCAUGCACCCGGAAGGAACUUCUCGUAGAGCUUCUUGGCCAUAUGUGGAGGACAAAUCCUAUCUUUGGACAUGGCUGUUUGUUGUUCCGCUAGUUGCCUAUACCCUAUGGCAGGUUCUCUAUUUUCUCAUUGUCAAUGUCUUGCGUCGACAAAGGCUGUUAAGAGAUCCUGAAGUUAUGACUUCUUACAGGGAACUCUCAAAAAAGGCACAGAAAGCAAACAAUCUUUGGUGGCGCUUAAGUGGUUUGCUGGGGGAUCAAAAUCGCAUGUUCAUGUACAUUGUGCUCCAAGGGAUAUUUACUGUAGCAACCAUGGCACUCACUGUUCCUAUCUUCCUGUCAUAUGAAUUGCAUGUCAUUUUCCAAUUACUUAAGGUCUCUGCAUCUGUAUGGAAUGGCGGAAGCUUUCUGCUAGAAGUAAUGCCUAGGCAGGUGAUUCUCAAGGAGAAGAAGAAAUCAGAGAUGCAGCCUAUACAACCUCAGCAAAAUGAAUCCUCAAAUGUGAUGUGAAGUAACACGAAGGCAUCCAGUCUGACAACCACUUGACUUUCUUAAUAGUCACACUUGUGUAAAGUUGUUCUUUUUUCUCCUUAAUAGUUUGUGUUUUUCUUUGAUAGAUGGUUGGACCUGCCUUGGGUACAUGUUAUAAUUUCCGUUUCAUGCACAUACAACUUUACGGAAAGGAAUCUGAUAAUUGCAAGGCU